AUGCAAUCAGUGACCAAACCCAUCCGUGAUAUGAAACGCGAUAUGGAUGAGCUCGUUGGGGUGGAAGUUACGGCAAAACACAUAUUUGGGUUUAAUUCGAGGGUCCGCAAUCAUCCGAUUUUCAUAGAUGAAGUUACGGUAGCAUAUGCGGCUGCUCACUACGUGGUUAUUCAUAAUACCGAGACCAACACUCAGAAGCUUCUGCCAAAUCACAGUGGUUCUAUUGAUAUCAAUAUUGUAUAG